AUGACUCGUUUUUGAAAAUGUUUCCGGAAGUGCAUAUGUUUGUUUAGGCUAGCUUAGCCUACUUCGCUCUAUCAUCCUCUUUGUAGUUCAGCGUUUUAAUCGUAGAUUUAAUUUAUCUUUAUUUAAAUCUCCUGUCUUAAAAAAAAACGAACAUAAAAAAACAAAACAGCAUCCGUUAUGUCCUUACAGCUCGACUGCUAAUGCACUAGCGAGCUUUGUUAUUGUCACUAGUCAUGUUUUGCUAGCUGGAUGUCUUGUGUUGUAAUGUAUAAAUACGGCGUUUUAGCUCUGUAGACCUGUCAGGCAGGUCAUCUAGGAAUCUUUUUGUGAGAUCCAUCUUAGUUUAUUUAAUAUCAGAGAGCUAAAUUUAAAGCCAACGUUAGCUCACAUCCGGUUUAAACAGCCGCAAGCAGGUAACGUUAGGUUUUUAAAAGGAAGUGAGCAGUUUCUGAUUGAUCCGAUCUGCAGGUUUUGUUUGUUUGCUCGAGCCCUACGAUGUCUACGUCCAAUUUUAAGAAUAAAUGUGUUGCUCAAGUGAACUGCAUUUACUGCGAUAGCCUUCUGUGUACAAGAGGAAUGAAAGCUGUGCUUUUAGCUGAUACUGAAAUCGAGCUGUUCUCCACUGACAUGCCUCCAAACAGGACCGUCGAUUUCGUUGCAGGCUGCUAUUCGACAGAAAGCUGUAAAUGCAAAUUAAGAGACAUUGCUUGCUUGAAGUGUGGAAAUGUUGUGGGGUAUCAUGUAGUGGCUCCGUGCAAACCCUGCCUGCUCUCCUGUAACAACGGCCACUUCUGGAUGUUCAACAGUGAAGCUGUUUCCACCAUUAACAGACUGGACGCAUCAGGAGUGAAUCUGCUGCUGUGGGGAGAUCUGCCGGAGCUGGAGGGAAGUGAGGACGAGAGCACAGACAGCCUUUCAGAAGAGGAAUACCUCAGAUAGAAGGUCAUAGAGGUAUCAGUGCCCUCUUCCUCCGUUAAAUAAGUACUUGGGAGACUCUUGUGAGAAUUGCCACUUGAAGCACAUCCUGUUUGUUGACUAUGGGGUGGGGGCUGGGGUGGGGGUGGGAACGCAGAUGCCGACGCCGCAGAUUGAUGAAGCUUUUUUGUCUUAUCAUUGCACCCUCGACAGCAACCUGCUUUUUCGAGUACAUUUUUGCUACAGCACCAGACACGACUAGAUCCUUUCAAGUAAUUAUCUUCUUGCUGAUUUCAUCCCAUUCGAUAAACUCUGACAACUGGAAGAAAAAGUGAUGUGUGGGGUGGAAAAAAAAAGAAGCAAAACUGUCCAAAUAAGCCUGUCGUGCAGUUAUUUCAAAUGGCAACAGUGUGCAUUAUUAAUUAACAUUAAAUUUUUUUCCGUUGUUUCACGGAAACGACAUACUUGAAAUGUAAAAAAUGUGAGCAAGAUAUUUUCUGUGAAAGAAUCGCAGAAGCACUUCAUCACGUGUAUUUUAACUUUUAUUUAAAAAAAAAACCUCUUGAGUGUAAUUUGAAAAAGUCUUGCGUGUAAUUUGAGUGAAAUUCAUGAAAACAGUUCAAUUCAUGAAUAA